CGGAAGCUCUUCUGACUCACUAGCGACACUACGUUGUAUGAUGCAACGCCUGACUUGAGGAAGCCGUCUGUGCACGUUGGGUGACAAGGCGGCGGUGGUGUUGGGGACGAUGUCCCUGGAGGUGACCAGGGCGACGGCAGGGAUGGUGCUCGAGUUGUAUGUCUCAGAUCGAGAGGGAAAUGAUGCUACGGGCGAUGGAACCAAGGAGAAACCGUUUAAAACAGGUCUCAAGGCUUUGAUGACUGUGGGAAAAGAACCAUUCCCUACCAUUUAUGUAGAUUCACAAAAAGGAAAUGAGAGGUGGGAUAUCAUUUCUAAGUCACAGAUGAAGAAUAUUAAAAAAAUGUGGCAUAGGGAGCAAAUAAAGAAUGAGUCCCGGGAGAAGAAAGAGGCAGAAGAUAAUUUGCGAAGAGAAAAGAACCUGGAGGAAGCAAAGAAAAUUACCAUUAAAAAUGACCCAAGUCUUCCGGAGCCAAAGUGUGUGAAGAUUUGUGCAUUAGAAGGAUACAGAGGUCAAAGAGUGAAAGUGUUUGGCUGGGUCCACAGGCUGCGAAGACAAGGAAAGAAUUUAAUGUUUCUGGUGUUACGGGAUGGUACAGGUUAUCUUCAGUGUGUCUUAGCUGAUGAGCUGUGUCAGUGUUACAAUGGAGUAGUCUUGUCCACCGAAAGUAGUGUAGCGGUAUAUGGAAUACUAAAUCUUACUCCAAAGGGAAAACAGGCUCCAGGGGGCCAUGAGCUCAGUUGUGACUUCUGGGAACUCGUGGGGCUGGCCCCAGCUGGAGGAGCUGAUAACUUGAUCAACGAAGAGUCUGAUGUUGACGUCCAGCUCAACAAUAGGCAUAUGAUGAUCCGAGGAGAAAACAUGUCCAAAAUCCUAAAAGCUCGUUCUGUGGUCACCAGGUGCUUUAGGGAUCACUUCUUUGACAGGGGCUACUGUGAAGUCACUCCUCCGACAUUAGUGCAAACACAGGUAGAAGGUGGAGCCACGCUCUUCAAGCUUGACUAUUUUGGGGAAGAGGCAUUUUUGACUCAGUCCUCUCAGUUGUACCUGGAGACCUGCCUUCCAGCCCUGGGAGAUGUUUUUUGUGUUGCACAGUCAUAUAGGGCAGAACAAUCCAGAACACGAAGGCACCUGGCUGAGUACACUCACGUGGAAGCUGAGUGCUCUUUCCUGACCUUUGAGGACCUCCUGACAAGAUUGGAGGACUUGGUGUGUGACGUGGUAGAUAGAGUCCUAAAGUCACCGGCAGCAAGCAUAGUGUAUGACCUCAACCCGAACUUUAAGCCCCCCAAACGACCUUUCAGGCGGAUGAACUACUCAGAUGCUAUUGUGUGGCUAAAAGAACACAAUAUAAAGAAAGAAGAUGGAACUUUCUAUGAAUUUGGGGAAGAUAUCCCAGAAGCUCCUGAGAGACUGAUGACAGACACCAUUAAUGAACCAAUCUUACUGUGUCGAUUUCCUGUGGAGAUCAAGUCCUUCUAUAUGCAGCGAUGUCCUGAGGAUUCCCGCCUUACUGAAUCAGUCGACGUGCUAAUGCCCAAUGUUGGUGAGAUUGUUGGAGGCUCUAUGCGUAUCUGGGAUAGCGAAGAAAUCCUGGCAGGUUAUAAAAGAGAGGGAAUUGACCCUACUCCCUAUUACUGGUAUACAGAUCAGAGAAAAUAUGGCACAUGUCCUCAUGGAGGCUAUGGCUUGGGCCUGGAACGAUUCCUAACUUGGAUUCUGAAUAGGUAUCACAUCCGAGAUGUAUGCUUGUACCCUCGAUUUGUUCAGCGCUGCAAACCAUAACUCAUUCCUCCUGAAGUGAGGAGGAAAGAAUACAGUUCAUGAAAGGAACAGACUGCCUCUUCAAAAAACUAAAAGCCAAAAUCGUCCGUUGUUUGUUCCAUUGGGGUGUAACUGUUUGUCUUCUCGUUCUGUUUUUCAGCCUACUACCCACAAACAAUAGUCCACAUUAUCAAGUGACACUGGUGUCAUUUCGAGAAAAAAAUAUCAUUACAAAGUUUGGAGAAAAUAUAUGUAACUCUGUAGUUAUGGAUAAAUUUCAACAUUUUAUCCAACUAUAGGUUGUAAUCAUUGUGUCAAAUAUACCGUAUAGAAUUACACAGUUUUUAAUUAUGGCCUAAGACAUUCCAGUAAAAAUCUUCCUGUCCUUUAAAGUGUAACUGGAAUUCUUUGCUUUAUAUUAUUUUAUUGUAACAGUGAGUUAAAAAACAUCUUGGGGGGAAAUCAGCAAUGCAACCUAAAGAUAUCCUAGUAUUAGAGUGCACAUGGUGGAGACCAGGGGAUCUAAUGAGUACGGUCUGCGGCAUCAGUUACUCAUCCUUUCUCAGUUCAUACACUCCUUGUAAUUCUGAGGCAUACAAAUUGAUGUGGAACAAUUUGUAAAACUGGGAUUCCCCUAAAAUUUGAAAUGAGCUUGUGGGUGGAGGGGUAUUUAAAUGAUUCAUAGCAUCUCUCAGCAUUAGUUUAAGGUAGAGGCAGACUGAGCUUCCCACUUUCCUAGAGAUUCCUAAAUAAUUAAGACUAAAUACCUUCCGAAAGUGUUUGCAGCUGGAAUUUUAACAUGUGUAGGUGACUGAGUCAUCCCUGCCAUGCUUUUGAUCUGAUCUGUGUUAGCUUUACAAACUCACAGCAGGCUUAUUGAAUGGCUUCUACAGACUUGGUUAAUUUCUCCCCCAAAUGCAUGUUAUGUGUUCUCAAUAGGCUGUAUUCCCAGCGAUCAAUAAAUGAACACUCAUAAAAAACUCUGCUGGCUUCAUUUUCUCAAAGCUGAACAUUUCUGUCUCACAUUACUUCAUACCUUAUCCAUUCUUAUUUUUUUAUUUUCAUGAUGUGUGUAUGUAAAAUUAGAUAGUACUAAACUUACUAGGCAUAAUAAAGUCAUAUGGUAAUGAAAGGAAAUUUUUUUGUUUGUUUGUUGUUUGAGUCAGGGUCCUACUAUGUAGCCCAAGCUGGGCUGGUACUCACUGUAUAGCCCAUGCUGACCUAAACUCUUGAUUCUCCUGCCUCUACCUCCUGAGUGGUGGUAUUACAAAUGUAUGCUACCAUGCCAAAACUAGAUGUUUGGGUCCUAGUUACAACUUCUUUGU